CUCCGUUUAAAAAAACAACUGAAUCCUAAAGAGGAAACGUUUCACAUGCGUGUUGUUUGUGCCGAGCAGAGUUAUGUUGUUGUUUCUCAUAGAAUCCACAGCAUCUUCAGCGUGUCAUCGUCCAGAGGUCACGGACAAAGAUUGGAUGGGAUAUUUAUAGAGAAUGGAUGGGAGAGAUUGGAUUCUGGUUUUAGCUGUGGCACUCAAAGGCGGGACAGAGGAAAUCAAUGUCUGCCAGAUUGAUCCUCAAUGUGAGGUCAGAUCCAGCUGCAGAAACACAGCAUGAGGCAUGAUUUUUAUUUUUAUUUUUUUUUGAUGCAUGAGGAACUGUCAUUUUCUCUGUAAAGUCAGGGAAGAUGUGCUCUGAAUGGUGAGCAAACGAAGAAAUCCAAGGACGGCAGCGCUGAGGGGAGGGUAGAAAAGACGCACACAGACUUAUUAGUCCCACCUUCUUCUGCUGCUGCUCAGUCAGAGGGAACAGAUCUCAGAGGAAGAUGCAGCUCUACAUCAGAGGAGCGCUCAGGAAAAGUACAUGAGAGGAGACAGGGGACAGAGAGGGACAUCUGGCUGUUUAUUCUGCAGAACACCGGGACACAGACUGUAAACCGCGACAUCCACCACAGACAGCUGAGAGCAUGAGUGAGGCGAAGAAAGGAGAGCUGGCCAUCCGGGACAAAGCCAUCCUGCAUCAGCAGAGGCGCCUAAAACAGGCCACCCAGUUCACACACAAGGACUCGGCUGACCUGCUGCCCCUGGACGGACUGAAGAGACUUGGAACCUCCAAAGACCUGCAACCUCACAGCAUCGUUCAGCGGCGCCUGCUGGAGGGAAACAUCCCACGGCUCCGAGGCGAGGCCCGGGACGCCACCGCCAGGGUUCGCUCGCCGUUGGCUGACACCAAGGACGGACCUACGGACGCCGAGGAGCGGAGCGAGAGCACGGCGGACGACUCCACCGAGGAGAGGGAGUCUCUGGAGGAGAGCGAGAGGAGCCUCCGAUCAGACGAGGAGGACGAUAACAGCGAGGCCGGAGCCAGACACUCAGCCGAGAAGCCGGAGAGCACGGACAGCUCGACCCGACUCACAGCUUUAAUUAUUCAAUGCAAGUGCUGCGAAACUGAAGUGAAGGCAUCCAUCAACACUGGCAGCCUGCACAACCACAUCUCCCCCAACUGCUGCCAGAGGCUGGGACUGGUUCCCAGUAAGGACAGUUCACCAUGCGGUGCUACCAGUUCAGUGACUGGUCUGCAGCUCCAGCUGGGCAGGCAGACUGUCCAGUGUUCAGCAUAUGUGAAAGAGGAUGAGGCGUCUGAACUGUGCCUGGGUCUGCAGACUCUGUUGGAGCUGAAAUGCUGCUUGGAUCUGAACAGUCGGGUUCUGAAGCUUCAAGGCUGCGGCGACGAGCUGCCCUUCCUGAACACUGUAACCGACGGCCGGCGCCAACACGACACCAACGAAAACCUGUGAGCCGACUCCGCAUCAGCUGCCAGGUCUCGUCAUCGCUAACGGGCUGCAGCUGCGAGAAACGAUGCCCUCUGUUUUUAUCUGGACCGUCCAAUCACAGCGUCACUGCCAGAACAUGGAUGAUCGUUCACCUCUGUUGUUCUCAAGCUCACAUCUUCAUGUCUGCUGAGUUUUGACUUGAUUUUCUCUGAUAAUCGUCUAGUGAAGCAGAGCAAAACCUGAUCUCGCCAGGUUUUGGGAUGAUGCUGUGUUUUCUGUUCUGCUGCUUACGAAAAGAAAAAUAUUUAACAAUUUGAAGUGAAUUUAUUUUGAAUCUAUGAUGAUUUGGCUGCUGAGGAAUUGUGUUGAAUUACACCUCAAUCACAUACUGAGAUUUAUUUCCACUUUAUUUUUUUUUCUAUGUUACAAAAAAUUGCCUACAGUUCUGUAAAACUACGAUUACCUAUUAGGGCCGUUGUGGAUAGAAAAAAGGAAUAAAUUCCUGUAAAAAACCCUCAAAUUUUGAGAUGUUCUAAAAUGUUUUGUGAAAAAAAAAGCCAACAACUUGGAAGUGUAAGUUUCAAACAUUUGCAGGAAACUAAUCUGAUAGUUUGAGGAUAAUCUGAGAACAUUUUCUAGAACAAAAACAGAAAUUGUCUGUGCUCCAAACAAUGAAUAUUUACAAGAAAAAAACUCAGAAAUUUUGAGAUUAAGCUGAAAAUUUCUCUGGAAAAAAACUUUCAAAUGACAAAAACUGAAAUUUGUAUGUUUUUGUAAAGAUAUUUUUUUAGAUUAAUCUCAAAAUGUGAGUUUUUUUCUAGAGAUUUUUGACUUUUCAAACUCAGAAAUGUUGUUUUUUCUAGAAAAUUGGAUGGAAAUGUACUUCUUUCCCCUCCAUCUACAACGGCCCUGAUGCGCCGCCAGUUAACACAGAUGUUUGGUGUUUUAAAAUUAAAUUUGUUUGGGCUAAAUAGUCACUCCAAUUGGCAGAACGAUGAGAAAAGUUAUCUUGGAUUAAACCAGUGCUUUCCAACAAUUUUAGGUCUCCUCAUACACAAAACUGAUCUUGUCUGUAAUUGUAAAAUUGUGGUCAACACUGAAAUUUAAGAUGCAACGUAUAAAUUGUUUCAUUGUUUUAAAUGUUUGUCAGUUUAUCGUAUUUGCUUAUAUGGAAGUCAGAAGUCAACCGUGUUCAACUUACAAGGAUUUUCUUACUAUUACGUUAAGUGACUAGGUUAACUACUGUUAGCAAAAAAAAGCUAAUAAAAGUGAAUAUAUUUUUACUGCGACUGAGGCAUAUAAACCCUGCGGUGUUUGUUCAUCAAUGCGUUGUUCAGUUCAGUAUGUGAGUAAUUUUAUGAUGUACAAAUACACAGAAGCACAAACAGCUAAUCACUGCAACUAUUACUGUACUUCAUACAUGUAGCAGUAGCCAUGUUGGAUCUCGACAUCCAUCGCAAUUUACUUUUACACUUCAAUCUUUAAAAGAAGUUGCUUAUUUUAUGAACUUAGUACAAAUGGACCAAACCCUUGUUUAGCUGUGAUGAUGGUGGCUUCUUAACAUUUUUUUCAGAAGACUAAACAUUUACAAAAUAUAUUUUAGCACCCAAUAAUUCUUGUUGAUUUAUUCAAUUUCAAACUCGAAUGAAAGCAGUUAAAUGGAAAACACCACACUAGACUACAAAGACUUCACGUUGGUUUAAUGUUUGUUGACUGUUAUCUUCAGAAAACCUUUUUUAUUAUUAUUCACAUUUAAAUUUUCCAUUAAUUUAAAACAGACAUUUUUAAAUGACUCAUUUGUUUCACACAGAAGAAUCUGCAGGCAUCCAUUUCUUUCUUUGCAGCUGAAUCGUUAGCGUGUUAGCUAACAUCAAUAUGUUAGCUAACAUUUAGCAUGUUAGCUAACAGCAUCGAACCGUUAUGAAUUUGAAAUAUUACAAACGUAGCUCACUAUUUUAUCAAAUACUCAAGUUUAAGAUCUGAGCAGUUAAACGUCAGAUUAGCAUUUCAGGUUAGCUAAAUAUUUUCAGUUUUAUCGUUUUUCUCCAAGCUAUUUUUAGCAUCUAUAGCAUCUCCUAAUGGUCAAAAUGAUAUUUAUUCUUUUGGUUGGAAAUCACUGGAUUAAUUAAUUUAAGAAACAACUGAGUAAAGUGUAGUUUUGUUUUCUUUCCUUUCUGUUACUUUGGAGACAGAUGGCAAAAAAAAAUUAUUAAUGAUAAUCCUUCCAGUAAAGUGGUAUUACAUAAAAGGAUGAAAUGCCCUAAAUGUAUUUAAAACAUUUAAAAUUCGGUUUGACUCAUUUCAUUUUUGGAAAAUAUUCCAAAUUUCUACAACUUAAUAAAAAAUAAUUGUGAUUUUUUUUUAAAGUUUUCCACACACUCCUCAGCCUGACAGUAAUGUAGAUUUUAUAACAGCAUUUUCCAGAAAAUGCCCUAAAAACAACUAAACAUUGAUUUGAUAUAUUUGAGUCAGACUCAGAAGCAACAAAAACACCAAAACAGUCCUGAUCUGCAUGACAUUGUCAAGUUCAGCCUUUGUAUAAAUAAGUCUGCAUGUGGUGUUCUAGUCAGAAAAUGUCACGUUGGAAGUCUGUAGGGCCAGGAUGUGAGUGCGUUUUGUGUGCAUGAUUGCAUAGCGAGGUUUUGUUUCUUUUUCACAUGGGAAAAAAACGGAAUCCUUCCCAUUUUCCCAACUGGGUCGAAACAAAACAAGCUGCCAAAAGCCAACCCCAGCUGCCUUCAUGCUCUGCCUCUUUUAGGAGACUUUAAUCAUUUGGUUAUGGCUCAGCUCCAAGCCAAGGUCUCCUCCUCUUCAUGCUAAUCGUUAUAGAUAUGGUCUUUAUUGAUAUAAAUAUUUCACCAUUUCUGUUUCUGAUGCCAUGGUUUCUGAUUUGUUCACAUAAAAUAAGCAAACUAGCAACCUGAAUUAUGUUUUCAUGGUUCAGAUGACCAAAAGCUGUUUAUCAGAGGCCAUCAUGCUCUGCUUUGAGCCCAACCAUGCUUGCGACUGUGCUGCACAGCAUCCAUCCACACACAGAUUGGCAGUAUUUGUUUCUUAUAAAUGUAGUAGUGAAAUUACUAUUCUGUGUGAAAGGAAUUAAUGUAUUAAAGAAAUUUAUUUUUGGUGUUUUACCUCUUCUGAAUAGUAUUUUCUCUGCUUAAAAUAAAAUCUGUAUUCUGGCUA